GGGCGGGGGGGGAAUGGUCUCAUAAAAUUUGAGGAAUGUUAUACAUUGCUAAAAAGGCUUGUUUUCGACGGCCAGAAACAUAUAAGUUGGGUUCAGUGAUCAGGAAAACCUAAAAGUUAACGUCUGUUGGAAAGUUCCGAACGAUUACCUCUUGAUUUAGUCAACUGAUCAACUCAACAGUUUGGUCGCAGUUGCAAAUGAGAACUUGUUCUCAACUGGCCUACCUGGUUAAAUAAAGGUGAAAUAAAAUAAAUAAAUGUCGAUGAACAUGGCGUCCGACAUCAGUCCAGCAGGGGGAGAAGGAGGGCCACAUACCACUAUGGUGGGAGGAAGUAAACCACUGCACCGCUUCAUCAGAGGCGAGCCAAAGAGUACUGGGAUUGUAAUGAUGUUCAUGGGAUCAUCACUCUUCAUCUUGGGGAUUCCAAUGAGGCUGGAUACACUGAUGUCCUCUGCUGAGACGUUCACCCCUUUUUGGCUAGGAAUCCUGUUCAUCAUCUCUGGGUUGUUAUAUGUGCUCACAGAGAGGAAUCCUUCAAAACAACUGGUGACAGCAAGCCUGGCCUUUAGUAUCAUCUCUAUGUUGGGGGUCACAGUGGCUUUCUUUGAAUUCCUUAAAGGCAUCCUGCACAUUCGGCAAUCACAUGACUACUAUGAUCAUUACAACUAUGACUUCAACGCCACAGAAUCUGGCAGAGUUGUAGUCUCCUGGCAUAAACAACAUAUGUACCAGUUGAUCAGCCUUGAGGCUGUAUUUAUGUACCAGAGCUUAGUAGGCAUGGUGCUCCUAAUUGUGAUGACAUCAUUUGCCAGGGUUGCCCUGCAUUCCAGCAAGACACAGGCAGUUGUGGUAAUGCAAGAUCUACCAUCACCAGACUGAAUAAAGAAAAGGCUUUUCUGACUGUCUCUGCCGUGAUGAAUAGAUAGAAAAUUUGGACUUGCCCAUUGAUAUGAAAUAAAUGUAUUCACAAAUAUGUAGAACAUUUCUUUAAAUCCACAUAUAUGGAAUUGUCUUUGUAUACACUCGUCUUUCUAUACACUUGUACUUUGUAAUAAAUAUAACAUACACCACCAGUCAAAAGGUUAGACACACCUACUCAUUCAACGUUUUUUUUUUUUUACUACUUUCUACAUUGCAGAAUAAUAGUGAAAAUAUCAAAACUAUGACAUAACACAUAUGGAAUUAGGUAGUAACCAAAACAGUGUUCAAGAAACCCUUUGACUACAUGACAGCUUUGCACACUUUUGGCAUUUUCUCAACCAGCUUCACCUGGAAUGCUUUUCCAACAGUCUUGAAGGCGUUCCCACAUAUGCUGAGCACUUGUUGGCUGCUUUUCCUUCACUCUGUGGUCCAACUCGUCCAACUCAUUCCAAACCAUCACAUUAGAGGCCAGAGGCCAGGUCAUCUGAUGCAGCACUCAAUCAUUCUCCUUCUUGGUCAAAUAGCCCUUACACAGCCUGGAGGUGUGCUGGGCUCCCAAGUGGCGCAGUAUUCUAAGGCACUGCAUCUCAGUGCUAGAGGCAUCACUACAGACCCUGGUUCGGUUCCAGGCUGUAUCACAACUGGUUGUGAUUGGGAGUCCCAUAGGGCGGCACACAAUUGGUCCACCGUUGUCCGGGUUAGGGUUUGUUCUUAACUAACUUGCCUAGUUAAAUAAAGGUGUACAAAAUCCUAUUGAAAACAGAUGAUGGUCCCACUAAGUGCAAACCAGAUGAGAUGGUGUAUCGCUGCAGAAUGCUGUGGUGGCCAUGCUGGUUAAGUGUGCCUUGAAUUCUAAAUAAAUCACAGACAGUGUCACCAGCAAAGCACCCCGACACCAUCACACCUCCUCCUCCAUGCUUCAUGGUGGAAACCACACAUGCAGAGAUCAUCCGUUCACCCACACCACGUCUCACAAAGACACGGUGGUUGGAACCAAAAAUCUUAAAUUUGGACUCAUCAGACCAAAGGACAGAUUUCCACCUCUCUAAUGUCCAUUGCUUGUGUUUCUUGGCCCAAGCAAGUAUCUUCUUAUUUUUGCUGUCCUUUAGUAGUGGUUUCUUUGCAAAAAUUAAACCAUGAAGGCCCGAUUCACACAGUCUCCUCUGAACAGUUGAUGUUGAGAUGUGUCUGUUACUUGAACUCUGUGAAGCAUUUAUUUGGGCUGCAAUUUCUGAGGCUAGUAACUCUAAUGAACGUAUCCUCUGCAGCAGGGGUGACUCUGGGUCUUCCUUUCAUGUGGCGGUUCUCAUGAGAGCCAGUUUCAUCAUAGAGCUUGAUGGUUUUUGCGACUGCACUUGAAUAAACUUUCAAAGUUCUUGAAAUUUUCCAUAUUGACUGACAUUCAUGUCUUAAAGUAAUGAUGGACUGUCUCUUUGCUUUUGAGUUGUUCUUGCCAUAAUAUAGAUUUAAAUAGGGCUAUCUUCUGUAUACCACCCCUACCUUGUCAUAACACAACUGAUUGGCUCAUAUGCAUUAAGAAGGAAAGAAAUUCCACAAAUGAACUUUUAACAAGGCACACCUGCUAAUUGAAAUGCAUUCCAGGUGACUAUCUCAUGAAGCUGGUUGAGAGAAUGCCAAGAGUGUGCAAAGCUGUCAUCAAGGCAAACACUGUCUGUUUUGGUUACUACAUGAUUCCAUAUGGGUUAUUUCAUAGUUUUGAUGUCUCCACUAUUAUUCUACAAUGUAGAAAAGUGUUUUUUUUUUAUAUGUAAAAAAACUGGAAUGAGUUGGUGUUUCCAAACUUUUGACUGGUACUGUAAAUUGCUCAAUUAGGGCCUAUGUAACAGUAUAAGAAAAUAUUCAAAAACACAUCUUUGUAUUUUCAAAAUAUACUUCACUUUCAAAAUUAAACAACAUCCAUGUAGUGCAAUAGAAAAUUAACAUGAUCAUUAUAGAGGGGUUAUUUGUUUAGCAAAAACACAGACGCAUGAGCAGCUAUGGGGCAAAACAGAUGGGGUUGACUUAGAUUGUUGACAACAUGUAAGCUAUAUUUUACUCUCCAAUGUUUAUUGAAAACAUAAAUACAUUUGCACAAUGA